GAUCUACAAAGCCAGCGAUCGAAGUAUGAAAUUUAUUGACAAUUCUUUAAUUAAAAGACUAAUUGUAUUUUUUUCUCGAAUUUAUUUUCAUACCAAGUUGUAUGAAAUACGAGAGUUUGUUUGGGUUGUUUCAUUCUGUUACAGCCGAUAGUGGUAAAUUAAUUGUGAAGUCAUUUUUUUUUGGAUGAAUAAUGGUUCGUUUUUAGAAUUAUUCAAUGUAUAUUCCCGGAGAUUGUCUUAGUAAUGGGUUUCGGAAGUUCGUUUCUUUCAUGAUUUACCUUUUUGUUCGAGAUAUGAUAUAUCGUUACUAAAAUGUUAUGCUUUCAUGUAAGUUUGAUGAAUAGUAACUCUUACUUGUGGGCUGUUAAUUCAAUAUUUGCUUUUGGGACAUUCUGCAUAAAUCCGGGAUUUCAUAAAGCCAUUUGAAAUGUAGUCAUAGCCAGCCCGUUAUUUCAGCUUUCGGUUUCGACCGUUUAGAUUACUAUCAUUUGGAAAUUUAACUCAUUAUUUAGUACAUCUAAGUAGCUCUCUCUGUUCGUGGACUUGAAUUUGACUGAGUUGUUAAAUGUUGGAUUAAUUGUGAAGCGUUUAGUGAUAUCAGCAAAUCGUAAGUUAUAGAGGAAUCACUGAUCGGACGGUGAUGCUUUCUUGGUGUUGUUUUCAAUGUACAUUAUAUUUUGUUGGCUAAUUUCUCAAGAGUAGGUUGCUAGUUGACUCAUUACUGCAGUAGUUGCAAAUAGCUGCCCUUUGAGACUAAUUAUAAAGCUAUAUUUGCAUGGAGUUUUGUUCUCUGAGCUGGAUGCUUUGGCUGUUGAGCUUUCAUCGUUCUUCUGAACGACAUCAUCAGCACAAACUUUGCUUAGUAGUGAAGUGUUCGAAUUUCUCCACAUGUGGUUCACAGCUUGUCCUGUACACCUCGAUGUUGAUUGGUUCUUGUUGACCUUAAAUCUGUCAUUGUUUUCUUCUUUGUUUUAGUUGUAUCUCCCAUUGGUUUGAUUUUUGUUCCUAUGUUUCUGCAUAAUUUUCCUGAUUUGUUGAUAAAUUGGAGGUUUUAUUAAUUAAUUAUUUUGAAGCAUAGAUCGCCAACCAAGAAUCUCUAAUCAACUCACUCAUAGGUUCUUCCCAGUUGUCAUCAAGCGUAUUCUUGAUCUUGAUAUCAGCCCCCAAUUCCUCGCCUUGAGGAUUCGAGUUUAGGGCUUGUCUUGCGCUGUAGUUUGAUGGUUUCCGCAAUGUAUGAUGUCUAUUCUCAGCAUAUUUUCUUAAUUUUCUCAGCUAUCAGUCUGUUUAUUCUCCGUCAAAGUAGGCUAUAACUGACCUCUGACCAAUGAAUCUGCAGUAUCAUGUAUAGUUAGCUGUUUCUGCAACAGGGUUCUUUUUUACCGACCCUACACCCAACACUCCUCGUUUACCCCGGGUGGGGACUGGCGUUAACCCUAGACGGGAUUCAUGUAGAGUUACUAGCAAGCUAGUUCGUGUUUAUUUCAUUCCGAACUGCAAUCAGUUACUAUUGAUAUACUUCGGUUGGUGUAGCUCAAUAGUUCGAGCUCUCUCCACUUAGCUACUCUAUUUUAAUUCGUAUAGCACGUAUAGUAUAUCUAGUUCUCAUAUAAUAAUUUUGAUUCAACUCUGAGUACAUAAGCAUAUACCUAGCUACUAGGCUAUAUUUAUUGCUAAUUAAUUAACCCGGGUUAAUACUGUCAUUUGUAGGAUCAAACAGUGUAUGCUGGUCAUAUACUGCACAGUUACUAUCUGUAUUUUCAUCACCGUCUUCCGUAUAUAGUAGUAUGAUGCAAAUACUAGCUAUUUUACUAAGGGGAUGUUAAUAAUGAGUAGCCAAUACUCUUUGCUUGUUGGGUAGAUUGUUAUCUAUAUUUUUUUUAAACUCAAAGGAUUCGAAAUUGUAUUCAUUUAGUACGAAAAACCACGAAUUCGAUUGAAAUGUAACAAAAUGAAUGGACCCCUGAAGUGAAUGGAUAAUUCCUCUUGUAUUUUACUACUUCUGUAGGCUUGUGCUUAUAUAGUACACAACAUUCUUAUAUUAGUUCGCUGCUUAUAUCUGUAUAGAAGUAGUGUAUUUUUGUAUUCAUUACUAUCAACCCCCAAGAAACACAGUUUAUCUACGAAUUUCGUAUACCAUUUAGGUUUGAAUUUUUUCAUUAGAUUACACUCAAUCGUAAUGGGUACAAAAUAAUCCCUCUGUCAAACUACUAAACUUAGGUUUCAGUAUAGAAAUUGGAAGUCUUAAUAUUUUUACUGAGUAGUAUACCAUUUUUCUUGAAAUAUAAAUUUACAUAUUCACCAAAUCUUUAUUUUCCUAGAUAACAGAUGCUGUCAGGGCGUCUGUACGACAGAUGAUAAUUGAUUCACGUGAACAAAUUUAUCGGGCAACUUAUAUGCAGAUUAUGCGGCGGUGGUACUUUGAAGAAAAGAUCCGACGUCCAUAUUUCCACGUGAAACCCCUUGAAGAAGUGCAACUAAAUAAUUGGGCUGAAUAUUUAAGUUUUGAAGAAGCAGAAGCUGGAACUGUAAUUUCACAUAUAAGAGAACAAAUAAAAGUGACUAGUCAGUUAUCUGACGAUAAAUUAGAAGAAGCUGUUCUUGAAUAUCCUGAAGUUAAACUUGCUAAACGUCGUGUUCGCGUCCUUUAUGAGCGUUGUCUUGUUGCUUGUGCUCUAUAUGAACACUUUUGGAUACGUUAUGCAAAAUAUUUAGAGUAUACUGAAGGAGAUAUACCUGCUGCACGUGAAGUAUGGCGACGUGCUUGUAUGACUCACUUACCGUACAAGCCAACAAUUCAUUGGCAUUGGGGUUGUUUCGAGGAUAGAUAUCCUGCAUGUUUAGAUAAUCCUCAAAAAUUCGAAGUCCUUACUUGUCUUGAUAUUUUGACAGACUUGGAGAAACGCUUAACCGACAGUGCUCUUGUAUGUUGUAGACGAGCGGAUGCUUUAAGAAGAGCAGGGAAACCACUGUUCGAUAUAAUCGCUUGUUUACGCAAUGGUAUCAAUCGGCUUCGUUAUCUAGUUCAGGAGCAAAAUAAAGUAGCACAAUGCGUUUCUGGAGCUACUGCUUCUCGCACUGUAGCACAAGCUAUUGCUACUGCAGCACAAGCUCGUGCAGGAGCGGGUGUUCUUGCUGGUCGCCUUGCUCGAUUGUUUCAUCGCAACGAUUCACUAUCCCCGGACGGAAUACCUGUAUGGAUGUUGUUACUCAGUACGAAAUAUGAAGAGGAAGAGGAUGAAUCGAUGAUAAUAGACCUACCUAAAAUCGAGGAAUCUAAUCCCAAAGAAAAGGUUGUGGGAGCGGAAAGUAAUAAUAACCUCACUGAGAAAUCAGAUGAAGCUGCCAAAUCUCCUAGGGCUACGAAAGUCGAUGAAGAGAAUAUUAUAGAUAAAGCAAAAGAAGUCAAUACUGUAACUAGCGACCGUGAAUCUGAUUCGGAUAUUGAAGCUGCCUCGUCUGAUAACGAUGUGACAAUGGAUGAAGAAACGGAUGAAGAAAGCUCCGAGAAGCCAGUAAUGGAUGCAACAACGACAUCCAGCAAAGAUGAGCACACAAAUGAGGAUGGUUUAGAUGAAUCUGGCUCUCCUCCCAUUCUAGUUGUUCCUUGUUCACAAAAAAAGAAGAAACAUCACAAGCGUAGGCACAGGGAAAGCAAAAAGUCGAAGCGAAAGCAUAGUUCUAGCAAAAAAGCGAAAGUGGAAGAUGAGAGUUCUGAAAAAGAGGAUAAGGACGAAGAAAAUGAUGCGGACGUAUCGGGGGAUGAAGCAAAGCCAGCUCCUGAGGUUGACCAAACAGCUGAAGAAGAGGAACGUAUACGUAUACUUCUUAACAGACGACACAAAGUAAUUGAGAUUCACGCUCCUUCGCCAUCGGAGCUUACGGACGAGGAUCGUGUCGUUAUUUCUUGUGAAGAAGCAGCCAUCAAAGUUCUUAAAGAAGCCAUUGAUUAUGACCCACGUAACGAGCGGUUAUAUGCCCAGUUACUUGAUAUCAUCUAUCAACGUAGGCCGGUUGAUAUUGAAGGGUUUAUUGAAGCAGCUAAUCUUGCCACAAUUGAUUCAGUUUUGCCAGCGCAUAUCAAAUUGGCUUUUUGUCAACGUAAACUACAAUUUUUGGAAGAAUUUGAUACUGAUUUAUCUAGGUUAAAUGCUACAUAUGAAGAAUACAUGAGUCUUUGUGAUGCAAUCAAUACUGGUGUAACCACAUCAGCUAUUGCUCGUGGAGCUAGCAGACUUAUAAGUGGUUACCAGUUGCCAGAUCUUUUAAAUUUGCCAACAACUUCUCUCAGAGUUAGUUCGGUGAUUGGAGCGAAUCCCUGUGAAAUGGUAAUUUCAGCUGCACCAGUUGGUCGUACACCUUGUUUAAAUACCGACCAGUCAGCUUUGGAGGCUGCUGCUUCAGUGGGAACACCAGCACCAGAUCCAUCCACAGCCGCUGGUUAUUACACUGCUGGAGGAUAUGAACCAUUGGCUGCCGCUCUUGGCAAUACAUCUGGGCUUCCACCUCCUGUCCCGACAGGUAUACCCGUUAUGACACCGUCAGUUGCAAUUCUUCCCGGUGUGUCGGAUACAUCGACUUCAGGUGCGGCUGGUUUGACAGCCGAUGCAUAUGCCACUUAUUACUACACUGCAACAACUGGUGCUUCGUCUGUCCUCGCACCAGUCAUUGUUCCAGCAGCAGUAGAUGUCAAUUUGUCCGCAUCAUCAGGAGUUACCUCGUCGAUAGUAACUUCCGUAACCACAUCUCUGUCAUCAACGAUAUCCGCUGGACAAUAAUUUCAUAACAUUGUACCGCAUUCGAUGUUUUUUCUAACGGUUUUUGAUGCUUCCCACCCUGUGUUUAUUACAUAUUUUUACAAAAUCAUUUUGUUGUGGUUUGCUAAAUAUAUAUGUAUCUAUAAGAUGAUUUAC